CAACAUUGCAACUCAGUCACUCGCAAUCGCAUUAGUCAAAGAAAGAAAAAAAAACUCAGUCACUCGCACCCCGCUCGAAGCAAAUUAAGAAUGGCCUCACCCGCCAACGAAGCCCCCGCUGCCCCGCCGCCCUCCAUGGCCAUGCCAUUGCCCAAGGAAGACAACGUCCACGACCACGACGACCUCCACCGGAUCAAUAAGAGCCGACGCCGCCGCUGCCGCUGCAUCUGCCUCCUGGUGACCCUGGGCGCGCUCCUGCUGCUGGGAAUCACUCUCCUCGUCCUCUUCCUCACGGUGCUCCGCGUGCGUGACCCGAGCACGCAGCUGCUCUCGGCGCGCUUCGUGGGCCUCCAACCGAGCCUGAACCAGCUCAACUUCACCGUGCUGCUCACGGUGUCCGUGCACAACCCGAACCCGGCCUCCUUCUCCUACGAUUCCGGCACCACGGGGAUCUGGUACAGGGGCGCCCACGUCGGCGACGCCCAGGUCGACCCGGGCCACAUCCCCAGCAAGGGCGACGGGGUCCUGCAGCUCGAGCUCACGGUGCUCACCUCCAGCUUCAUGGCGGACCUCGCGCAGCUGCUCAAGGACCUCGAGGCCGGCGCCUUGCCGCUCGACUCCAGCGCAAGGAUCCCCGGGAAGGUGGCACUCCUUGGCGUGUUCAAGCUGAAGGUGGUGGCUUACUCCGACUGCCACAUCGUCAUCGGCUUCCCCGACAUGAGGAUCCGCAGCCAGAUGUGCCAUGAUCACGCCAAGCUCUGAUCGGAUUUCCACUUCUUCUUGUUGCGAGUCUGUUUGAUCUCAUGCUACACGUACGUUCCUACUUGCAAGCGUCAGUUAAUUAAUUAACGAGAAGGACUCCGGAGUUCUCUAUCUCACGGUGCAUGAUGAUGAUACUGCCGUAUGGACUUUUCUUA